AAUGACAGACAGAGGGCUGGCAGGUCUGUCUCUGGGCAGAUGGAUCGCCUGAUAUAGAUGUUGGUGCCCAAGCCCUGGGAUUGGCCUAAAACAGGUUUGUGUUGACCCACUGGCGGGCUUUGGCAUCCUGUCAAACUGCUGUCACCUCCGGACAUAAAAAUGGUCUCGACGUAGUGCUGGGGCAGUCUGCUGGACUCGGCAUGGAAGCAGCAGCCAUCAUGCGGGUGCAAACCAAGCACUACCCCAAGAACUGCCUGCUGACUGUCAUGGACCGGUACUCGGCCGUGGUGCGUAACAUGGAGCAGGUGGUGAUGAUCCCCAGCCUCCUGCGGGACAUGCAGUUUAAUGUGCACGGGCACCGGGCCCAGGAUGGGGCCCCUGAUCUCUACAACUACUUCACCAUGCUCAAGGCCAUCCGCGUGGAUGUGGACCACGGGCUGCUGCCCCGAGAGGAGUGGAGGUCCAAGGUGGCAGAUGGCAGGGCCAGUGAGGCUGAGAAUGAAGCUGCAAAGACAGAGAAGGAUGAGGAGGAGAGGAUCUUGGGGCAGCUGGACCUGGAAGCCCAGUUCCACCUGCACUUUUCCAGCCUUCAUCACAUCCUCACCCACCUUACCCUGAAAGCUGAGGAGGUGACGAGGACAUACCAGGAGAUAAUGGGACAGGCCAAGUAGGCCUCGGACUCUAGGGAAGAUCCCUUUAAGUGGCAGAGGGCAGACUCUGAUGAGGACACGGAACAGUUCACUGGCUCUGACGCAGACCAGAAAGGCCUGGACCUGCCGCUGGAAGCAAACAAAGGCGACUUGGCUCUCUGGGAUGCUUCUCUCACUCUGAGCACCAGCUUGUGGACUUGGCACCAGGUCACCUUUAGGAUGCCUGCUGUUAUUCACAGCUCCCCUCACCGUCUUAGCAGCUUGGGGUGGUGGCCAGUGCUUCAUGAGGGGCUAGGUAUUACCUGGCCAGUGUGGUAUGCCAGAAAGGACGUAGGUUUUAGCACCCGGCCCAACUGAAAUUCACAUCCUUUCUCUGGGCAGUCAUUUACCAUGUGAUCUUGGACAUUAUUCAACUCACCGGAGCCUAAAUUUCCUCAUCUAUAAAAUGGGAUAGUAUUACCUCACGAGAUUGUUAUGGAAAUUAAAGAAGAUGAUGAAUCAAAAGCACCUGGCAUGUGAGUGCUAUUAUUAUAGGUUGACUUUCUCCCACCCUUACCAUGUAUUUGCUCUAGCCCUUGCUUUUUACCCUCCAGAACUAAGGCAUAGCAAAGUCCCUUGGGAUGAAUGGUUCACACUCAUGUACCCGCCAACCACAAGCGAACUAUAAACGUAUUUAUUGCAGUAGCAGUAAACAACCCAAAACUUUGUACUUAUAUAUAUCUUCAUUAGUUUUAAAAAAAUUUGUUUCAUAUUUGAGAGAGAAGAGAGCGAGUAGGGGAGGGGCAGAGAGACAGAGACAGAAUCCAAAGCAGGUUCCAGGCUCUGAGCUGUCAGCAGAGCCCGAUGUGGGGCUUGAGCUCACGAGCAGUGAGAUCAUGACCUGAGCCACCCAGGGGCCCCUAUCUUCAUUAGGUUCUAAAGUAAUUUCUCAGACAUAAUUUCAUUUUUAACAAGUGAGACCCAAGAGAAUAGAU